AUGAGAGUAGGCAGUAUAGAAUUGACUGUCAUCAGCGUUGCCAAACUCACAGCAUAUAGACUAAGGUGUCAGGGGGAGUGGAGAGAUUUCGGAGUAGGUCAUACCAGGCUCGAGUUUCUUCACAAACCUCCCUUUACCUUAAAGCAAGAUAGAAUAUCCAGAAUACGCCAAGUGGACAAGGCGUUCUCCAUAAACUUGACCACCAGGGCAAACUGGAAAAACAAAAAUCUUCAGAUCCAGCCGGGCACUCAUGCAUGGUUUACUGAUGGAUCUGGAGCAAACGGCUGCUAUGGAGCAGGCAUCUACUGUCCAGGAUCAAAUCACAGAGAGUUUUUCUCUCUGGGUAAAUUGGCCACGGUCUUUCAAGCGGAAGUCCUGGCCAUUCUGGAAUGUGCAAGACUCUUACUCUCAAGAGAAACGAAAACUAGGAGGAUCAAUAUCUAUACGGAUAGCAAUGCAGCCAUAAGAGCUCUUGCCAAGACCAUCACUGAAUCUUUAGUGGUUUGGGACUGUAUGCAAGCUCUAAACAGAUUUGGCGAGCGAAUCAACAUCACGCUUGUCUGGGUACCUGGCCACCAAGGUAUCCAAGGAAAUGAAGUGGCUGAUAGUCUGGCAAAACUGGGUACCUUAGAGAAACCAGUCUGCCAGAUAGUUGGAGUUCCCUUUGCAACAGGGAAAAACCAUAUCAAGGACUGGCUGAAAAGGGAGCACAGGAUCUCUUGGGAGAUACUGAAGAGCUGCCGCCAAGCUAAGGCCCUGAUGACUUAG